GUACAUUAUAACAUUACUAACAUCUGCGCUUUUUAAUCUCGUCGGGUUUCAUGUUCAUGAAGGUUUCGCCAGGUCUCGCCCUUCUUUAUUUCCAAAUUUAAUUUUCGUUUUUCAUCGGAGAGAUUUAAGGUUUCGUCAAAGUUUUGCCUUUUGCCUUUUACCUCCUUCAGGUUUCGUCUUUCGUCACUAUACAGGAAAGGCUUCACCUAACGACUAUACUUCAGAGAUUCUCCGUGCAUCGCUUUCAUUCGUUCCAAAAUAUGGAUGGACAAUUGAAUCUUUAUCACACGGAGCAAAUUCGCUUGGAUAUCCUUCCGUUUCACAUGGAUUAUUUCCCAGAGGUGGAAUUGAAUUAAUUGACUGGUUUUUGGAAGAUAGUCGUAGGAAGAUGGCUGAUGAGUUGAUUGAUAAAAUGGAUGG